UCUGGCUCUUUCACUUAAUAGGGAACAGCAAAGGCAAGAGAAGGUGUUUAGAGGGAGGAAAGGGGAGUCCCUCCUCCCAUGAAACCUCCAACCGCCCUGCACGUUUACAGCCUCUGCCGAUUCUUCAAGCAAACCUUGACAGGAAUAGCACAUAUACAAGAGUCCUGCCAUAAAGACACUCAGCAACGCUAACUGGAGCUUCUCAUAUUACAAGUGGAAAGCUUGUAAAAGAUAUGAUCAACUGAAUCAUCAAGAACAGCCAUGGGUGGUAAAAACUCAACUCAGCUGGGACAGAACGUGGUGGGAAAAAACACACUUGACAUUGCUGUCACAGGGGUGACGGGAAGUGGAAAAUCAACCCUUGUCAAUGCCCUGCGAGGUCUAUCAGAUUGUGAUGAGGGUGCAGCAAAAACUGGUGUGUGUCAAACUACAAUGGAGCCAAUGUGUUAUCCACACCCCACCUUUCCAAAUGUGACAAUAUGGGACCUUCCAGGAAUUGGGGCACCUAAUUUUAUGGCACGAGAAUACCCAGAAAAGGUAAAUUUCAGCCAGUAUGAUUUCUUUAUCAUUGUCGGUUGUCAUCGCUUCUCCAUCUGUGACAUCCAGCUCUGCCGUGCAGUUCAGAAAAUGGGAAAGAGGUUUUACUACAUUCGCUCCAAAGUGGAUUACGAUAUUCAUCUAGAGAAAAGAAAACCACACUUCAGCGAAGAGACAACCCUUCAAUGCAUCCGGAAACAUAUCCUUGAAAAUUUGGUGAAGGUUGGUGCUUCCUCUGCAGAGGUUUUCCUCAUCUCCGUUUGGGACUAUGAUAAGUACGAUUUCCUCCUUCUGCGAAGGACCUUAGAGAAUGAAAUCAAUGAACUCAGGAGACAUGUCUUAAGACCAGAUGUUCUGCAAGACUCAGAAAAGAGGAAGCACGACAGAUCAACUGAAACGUCAGGAAGGACAACCAUGAGUGGUGAAAGGUCAACUUCAAUCGUAUGCUCUGAAUCCAAAGGAGGAGAAAGUCUCUCAAAGUUGGUAGCAACAACUCCUCCAGGACUGAAUGUGUUGGAAAAAAACACACUUGACUUUGCCGUCACAGGGGUGUCAGGUGCUGGUAAAUCAUCCCUUGUCAAUGCCCUGAGAGGCCUGUCAGAUUUUGAUGAAGGUGCAGCCCAUACAGAUGUGAUAGAAGGAACAACAGAGCCCAUGGGUUAUCCACACCCCACCUUUACAAAUGUAACAAUAUGGGAUCUACCAGGAAUUGGGACACCUAGGUUUAAAGCAGAGGAAUACCUAGAAAGGGUCAAUUACAACCAGUACGAUUUCUUCAUAAUUGUCUCUUCCGAUCGCUUCACUCUGUGUGACAUCCAGCUAUCCAAUGCAGUUCAGAAAAUGGGUAAACGAUUUUACUACGUACGUGCCAAAAUGGAUGUCAGUAUUAAGAACGAAAAAAUAAAACCAGACUUCAAUGAGCAAGCAACUCUUCAAAAAGUCAGGAAAUAUUGCCUUGAAAAUUUGGUAAAGGCUGGUAUUUUUUCUCCAGAGAUUUUCCUCAUUUCUAAUUGGUAUCAGGACAAGUACGAUUUCCCCCUCCUGAAAAGGACCCUAGAGAAAGAAAUCAGUGAGGAGAAGCAUGGCAGGUCAACUGAACUAUCUCAAAAUACUGGAAUUUAUGCUUUCCUUUCAAAAGCGGCCUUAACAUUUGACCUUGCAAAGCUGAAGAACUCUAUAGCACAAAAAUGUUUUGAACAGGUGACAGCUGACAUUCGUAAAGAAUUGGAUGAGUUAGAAAAUGCCAAGCUUAAUAUUGCAAUCACAGGGCUUUCUGGCACUGGUAAAUCAUCCUUGGUUAAUGCCCUGCGGGGCAUGACCGAUUAUGAAACAGAUGCAGCAAAGACUGGAAUAAUGCAAACAACUAUGCAGCAACAUGACUAUCCACACCCCUUAUUUCCAAAUGUAACUUUAUGGGAUCUACCGGGUAUCGGGACACCAGAAUUCGACCCAAAGGAUUACCUAGAGAAGAUAAAUUUUAAGAAGUAUGAUUUUUUCAUAAUAGUUUCCUCAGAUCGCUUCACUGUGAACGAUGCCAUGCUGGCUCGAGAAAUUCAGAAAAGGAAGAAAAAUUUUUACUACGUGCGUUCCAAAAUGGAUGUCAGUAUAGCAUCUGAAUCCUUGGACCCAAACUUCAAUAUGGAAAAAACCAUUGAGAACUUAAGAAAAUAUUGCUGUGAGAAUUUGGUAAAGGCAGGAGAGUUAUCUCCGAGAGUUUUUCUCAUCUCCAGGCGAGAUUUGAGUAUGUAUGAUUUCCCACUUCUGCAAGAGGCCUUGGAACAUGACUUGGAUGAUCUCAAGAAACAUGCUUUUAUUACAUCUCUGCCAGUUUUAUCAAGAGAGAUCCUAAAAAAGAAAAAGGCUGCUAUGGAAGACCUGAUAUGGAAAGUAGCCAUUACCUCUGCUAAUAUCUCGAUGAUUCCUGACCCAGGAUUCUCUCUUGUUUGCGAUGUUAACAUCUUGGUGGCAACACUGAAACUUUUCUACAAGGUCUUUGGCUUGGAUGAAGAUUCCCUCCACAGAGUCGCUGAAGUGUUCAGCAAAGAGUACCAAGUGUUGAAAUCUGCUGUCAAAAAAUCUCCGAUGUCCAGCGAGAUCACUCCAAAUUUUGUAAAUGGUCUCUUAAACAAGUCACGGUUGUGUGUAACUGUGUUGACGAUACAACCGGUCUUGGAUUUUAUACCUCUGUUGGGGUUUCUGACUGGUGGAGCUAGUUCUUUUAUUACUACAUUCUACAUGCUAAAGAGCUUCCUGAGCGAUAUUGUGGAAGAUGCUGAGAAUGUUCGGGCAAAAGCGGCUGAGCCUUGAGGCCCAGCGGGUCCAAGACAGCCAUUUGAAAAGUGUGGUAUGAAUUGUGCACAGGACCCCAACUCAAGAAUGAGAAAGGACGAUUUGGAUUUCUGGCUGGAUUCUUAUUUUUCCCUUUAAGAACAUAAGAAGACCCGGCUGCAUCAAACAAGUGGUCCAGCUAGUGAGCCCAGCAUCUUGUCUCCUGCAGUGCCCAACCCAUUGUCCUGGAUAGUCAACAAAUGGGGCAUAGAAUCCAAGGCCUUCUCCCAGUGCGGCCUCCUAGCACUGACAUUUACAGGUUUGCUGCCUCUGAAUAUGGAGAUUCCCUUUAGUGCCCACCAGGGCUUUUUUUCAGCAGGAACGCAGUGGAACAGAGUUCCGGAACCUCUGAAAGUGGUCACAUGACUGGUGGCCCUGCCCCCUGAUCUCCAGACAGAGGGGAGUUGAGAUUGC